GGGGCGUCAAGUUUACGGAAGAAAAUACAUAAGGAAAUGCAUUAGAUACAAGUGUAGAAUGUUUCUCCGUUUGAAGACUGGUGUGUGAUCAAAACUGCACAUCAGACUGGGGUGCUAUGACUCUAAGAGAAAAUUGUGUAAUCAAACUGCACAUCAGACUGGGGUGCUAUGUCUCUAAAAGAAAAUUGUGUGGCCUAGUUAGCUGUCUUUCACCAGUAAUAUGGAUCAGCAUAACCAGUACUCAGUUGGUGUCAUCUCUGUAUAGAUCAGCAGAUGACAUGGUUUGAAGAUGUGAACAGUUAACAUAAUACUUCAGGUUUUAACGAAACUCACAACUGGAAGGAGAAAUAUGACAUCACACUUAAAUGCUAAAUGUGUUGAAAGCAUCACAACUUGAUGAAAUUCAAAACUCGAAGGAGAAAUAUGACAUCCCACUUAAAUGCUAAAUGUGUUGAAAGCAUCACUAGCUGAUGAAACUCCAAACUCGAAGGAGAAAUAUGACAUCCCACUUAAAUGCUAAAUGUGUUGAAAGCAUCACUAGCUGAUGAAACUCCAAACUGGAAGGAGAAAUAUAACAUCACACUUAAAUGCUAAAUGUGUUGAAAGCAUCACUAGCUGAUGAAAUUCAAAACUGGAAGGAGAAAUAUGACAUCACACUUAAGUGCUAAAUGUGUUGAAAGAAACGAGAAAUUGCCUAUCUCAGGGUCACAGGUUGAUGAGCCGUGUUAAAUUCCAGGAGAACAAGACUUUAUAGAAGUCUGCCCUCGAUAUAGUUGGAGAUUUCGAAUAAGUUUCAUAUUUAUUGAAGUACAGUUAGACUAUUCCUUGGAUACAGUGCCGGAUACGUAUGUAGUGUCACAUGUAGGUGUCGGGAGUGUGACAGUGUUACAAUCAAGUAAACAAGACUUGGUGGAUAGACGUGUGUCCUUGACUUGACAGUAGUUUGAUUGUAAAAUUCUAGUAAUACAGUAAAGUAUUUUAGUCUCCAGUUAGUUUGAAAAUAUAGUUGAAGAAUAUUCAAAAACACUUGAAAACACACCUAUUGAGCAUUUGAAGAUAUUAUUUAAGAAGAUUAAAAAACACUUAAAAAUACCACUGUUAAGCAUUUGAAAAUAUUGAAGAAUAUUCAAAAACACUUGAACACAUAUAUUGAGCAUAUGAAGAUAUUAUUUAACAAGAUUCAAAAACAUUUGAAAAUAUCGCUAUUGAGCAUUUGAAGAUAUAUUGUAGAAGAUUCAAAAACACUUGAAAACACAACUAUUGAUGAUUUGAUCACUAGCUGUUAAAUUAAUCAGUAUUUCAGUUGUGAAAUGUCUGGCACAGAGAUUUCAGAAACACAUGACAUCCAGCUGGAGACAGCUGCAAGCUUUAGGUCUGAUCAUCAACAACAGUUGUUACGUAAUACUUCAGUAAGUAAGAAACAGAAGCUGUGGAACUCUCACCUAAACUCCCGGGACCAUGUGAACGAACUUCCUGUGAACCCUCCGAGUGAAUGUUUCCAAAAGCUGAUCUCAUUUUGUAAAGAACAUUGUUCCAUUCCACGCCUGACGAUGUUUCCGUGCACAGACUGCGCUGAACAUUUCGUGGAUGCGAUUAGCAGACAGAUCCACGUAAUGCAGAAACAUGCAAACCUUCUCUUCUCCUGCGAAGUGUGCCGGAAAAUAUUUGCAACCAAGAGUGAAAAGACCCGACAUAUCAAGUCAACUCACAAAAAAAUCAUUUACUACGAUAAUGCAAAGUGUAGUUUUAAAUACCCGUGUAAAGUCUGCAACAAAGUGGAGUUUGAUUCUUUUACGGAGCUAGUGUCUCACUCGCCAUGCUUGCAGGGUGCACCACAAAGAAGUGACAAACCUGUAUUACAAACAUUGAAGAGAAAGGUUCUGAAGGAUCAUUGCUCUGUUGGGAUCCCAACAAAAACAAGCAAGACUGAGACAAAGGAGGAUUUGGUCUUGGUGCAGGAUGGAGACAAAUUCUUCUCUUUUGAUUUUCUCAAUGACUGUGACAAAACAGAUGGUACCUCUUCAGACCAUCAAGAAAAGACGGUGUUUGAUGACAAGGAUGUGGUUACACGUGUGCAUGACGGUGAUGGUUUAUCUCGGUCAAUCUGUGGCACUAACAACACGAUGUCUGAAGGACGUGCUUGUCCAGUUUUGAUGUCCACAGCUAAAUCAAGUCUUACAAGUAAAUUUGGCUCAGAGCUAGAAUCAAAAUCAAGUCUUACAAGUGAAGUAGGCUCAAAGGCUCAGAAUAAUAUUGAUGACAGUAAGUCAUUCAGUGUGUUCCAGAUUGAUAACAACAGCAUGUGUACUUCAUCCGAUCUGUUAGAGGAGCCUACUGAUGACAGAGAUUCAUCUGGUUUGAUGCAUUUUGAUCAUGAUAACAGUAAUUCGGCCACUCGUUUCCAGAAUAAUAGUGUUGAAUGUAAUUCAUCCAAUGUCUUGAACAUUAAUAAUAACAACAACACAUGUACUUCAUCGAGUCUGUUAAUACACAAUGAGAAGGAUACCAAACAUGAUGAGGAUGAGGAGAGACUAAGACUCUCACUUUGCUCAGUGUCGGAACAGAACAUGAGUGACUGUGAAGCUGUACUGGACACUGAAGUGUGUGGUCCAGGUGAAAGCUACCACUUCAUGGAGGGCGGUGAGUCGUGGACUAUCUCUAGAAACACAGACCCUGAUGAUGCAGAGCCAGACUCAAAUACAACACUUACAAACGCGGGUGAAUCUGAGUUGAUAUCUAGUGAUGGUGAAAAGUCACCUGCAUGUCUGCUGAACAGUGAAAGAUCCAGAGACAGUGUGCGUACCUGUACCGAUACAUCAGUUGAAGAGUUGCAAACUGGUACUUACGAUGUGACAGCACACAGACUUGUCACUGAUCAUUGUACCCCUGUAUUAGUUGAUGAAUUAAGUAGUAAUUAUGCUGUUAUUGAUGGGUCUUACACUGGUACUACUAGUCCUGAAUCAGUUGAUAAAUUAAGCACUAAUUAUGCUGUUGUAUCGGUUGAUGGGUCUUACACUGAUACUACUACCCAUGUAUCAGUUGAUGGGCCACACGCUAGUACCUCUACUACUCUUUCAACUGAUGUAUUGUGUACAAAUACUGCUGUUCUUGUAUCAACAGAAGAGUUGUACAAUGUUUCUACUGCAAUAUCAUCUGAUGGGUUGUACUCUGAUACUUGUAAUACUGUAUCGGGUUAUGAAUUAUACACAGAUGCCUGUGCACCGGCAAGUGAAUUAUACUCAAAUGCUGGUGCUACUGUAUCAGCUGAGGAAUUAUGCACAGGUAUUUCAGGAGCUGGGUUAGUGAAGAUCGAAGAAACAGCUUCUGGUCUGGAGAGCUGUUCCUUGUGUCAUCAGGUAUUCAUUGGCAGCCUGCAGUUCAAACAACACAUCAGUCUGUGUCACAGCCUUCCAAUGAACGAAGCAGUGGUAGCUGAUGCUGAAGUAGAAGUGAAUGUGGCUGACGAUUCAUCUUGUGAAGUGUGUGAUCUCUGUAACGAACAGUUUGAAACCCUCUCACAGAUGAAGGAUCAUAUUGUGUCUGUUCAUGCUGCAACCUGUGAAGUUGGUACUUCUCUGCAGUCAACUGCUGGUGUUCUCAAUGAUGUUUUGCAUGUCACACCUACAUCACAGUAUGUAGUUGAAGGAACUGGUUCUCCAGAAGUUGUGUUUGCAGAAAGCAAAGUGUUUGGAGUAAAUAUGGAUUCAUUCUGUAGGUUUCCUGAACAUGAUGUGAAAGAAGAUAUGUUAAACAAUGUGAAUAAUUUGAUCAUGGAUGAUAAGACGGUAAUGUUACAUAACAACUUGGACAAUGAAACAAAAGAUACAAAAAUUAAUAAUUAUUCACCCACUGGUGGUGAUGACCCAAAAAAGAAACGAAAGUGUGUGAAAAGAAGGUCGAAACUGUUAGAAUGCCUUGAGUCAGUUUCAACAAAUUUGUUAAUAAAUGAUGAGGACCAUGUGACAAACCAUAGGAGAUACAAAACACGACAGUAUGUUAGAGAUAAAACACUGCAUGCUGUCAUGGCGUCAACUGAACAAAUGGCAGCAGGUCAAUCAUCUACUUCUGGCAGUGAUUCUGCUACGAAAUCCAUUAACGUUGAUAAUAUGUCACAUUUUGAAGAAAUAGCUGCAAGUGGUUCUGCAAAAUUGGCCAAAACAUCCUCCAAAAGAUGUGACAUGGAUAGUGAUAGGGUGUCAAAACCAUCAAAGGAUAUGCUUAGUUGUAGUCAUUGCCGCUAUCUGUUUUUUUCAUGUGCAUUAUUGCAACAGAUGCACAUGGAGAGGCAUCAUGGUGCACCAGCUGUAGUUCCAGUUACAAUUGUAAAGUCAAACAGUAAUGACAUUCCAUUCCAGUGUUCUCAGUGUCAUAAAGUAUUUAAAGACGAAAGGUCAUUGACUGUACACACCAUGCUGCCUCACAGUAAAAACUACAUGUACUAUCCUUGUGAUCUGUGUAAAAAGGUCUUUGCCUACCCCGGCUUAAAACGGAGGCAUAUGGCCAGCAUACACUAUGUGAGGGAUUGCGACACAAACAACAUGGCACGGGCAGUGAUGCUAACAUCUGGCAGUGCUCAGCCAUCCAGCAGCAAGAUAAACGAAGAUGAAGAUGAUGAUGAUGAUGAUUUCAAUUCUGAUUUAUCUGCCUUGGCACCCCAGGGUGUAUCUGUGAGUGAUAAAGUGUUUGUUCCCUUUUCUCUCACCAAUCCAUCUGACUCGGGAAAUACUUCACCUGCAGGUGCUUCUGCUGAUAAUGAUGCAAACUUUUCUUCAACAGAUGAUUCUGCAGUAGCUGCAUCUGUUGGUGGUAGUAAUGUUACAGAUAUUUUACAGAGUGAUCAGUGUUCCUACACAACUGACAGUGAACAGAAAAUGAAAUCAUCAAGAUCUUUAAGUUCUUCUAACAUUUGUAAAGUUUCAUGUUCAGAUACAACAGUAGGUGUAACUAACGAUUUGUCAAAUAUUAUGUUUCCAUGUAAGUUCUGCGAUAACGAGUUUGAUACAUUGAAGAAGCUUGCUAAUCAUGCCAUCAAUGUGCACAGAAGCAUGAGACCAUCCUCUAUGUCUAAUGAACUCUUUCCUUGUAAGUUUUGUGGCAAGGAGUUCUCCUCCCUUGAGAAGCUUGGAAACCAUGCCGUCAACGCCCACAGCGAGGACAUGCCUCAGGCUCGGUAUCCCUGUGAGUGUGGCAAGUUGUUCACCACGACAUCCGGUCUAAUUGUGCAUCUCCGCUACUCGUGCAGACUGAACCGUGAAUCUGCAGGCCAGAGGCCUGUCCAGGCACCGAAUAACGUCAAGAUGUUUCAGUGCCAGUUCUGUGACCACUGGUUUCUGUCUCCUGUUCACCUGAAGAACCACGCUCGCAGGUCCCACCCCAGUAAAGUGUCACUGAUUGAGGAUCAGUGAUGGAGGAGUUGCCACUCAAUCUCUGGCUGAGGUAGACGGUCACAAGCAGAAACAUACGUCACAAGCCAGAAACAUAAAUAGCGGGUUGACAUGAAACUGUUCAGUUCAGUUUUGCGCUAGUCUUUCUAGGAAAGCAGAUUGAGUACACCUCUGAAUUGAUUUUGACGACAUUAUCUGACAACAAACAAAACGAUAGUUCAAGCAGAAAGAUAAAUAGCAGGUUGACAUGGAACUGUUCAGUUCAGUUUUGCACUAGUCUUUCCAGGAAAGCAGAUUGAAUACAUCUCUGAAUUAAUUUUGAAGACAUUAUCUAACAACAAACAAAAACAUAGUUCAAGCAGAAACAUAAAUAGCAGGUUGACAUGGAACUGUUCAGUUCAGGUUUGAACUAGUCUUUCCAGGAAAGCAGAUUGAAUACACCUCCAAAUUGAUUUUGACGACAUUAUCUGACAACAAACAAAACGAUAGUUCAAAUUAAUUUGCAAAUGCUCACUUCCAUGCUGCCUACCUCAUCCUGCCUGAUGGGUGCGCCAUCUUCUAUUAUCCAGGCUCCAUAUUCAUAAACAUACUUAAGUGAAUGUAUGAUACUUAUCUAUGUACUUUAAGUAUGUAUUUAGGUAUCAUACAUUGACUUAAGUACGGUUAUGAAUACGGAGCCUGGGCCCUGUUUCACGAAGCGAUCUUAGCCCUAAGAUUACCGUAGGCGCAUAGCUACCCUAUGCACUUAAGUUGAUCUUAGGGCAAAGAUCGCUUCGUGGAAUGGGGCCCAUGGAUGUGAUUGUUCAACUGUCUGUCUUAUUUGAGCCGUUUCACAGAUAUUAGUUUUGAUCUGAAAUCAUCAGUAUGGUAUACAGAUUAUUAAAGAUCACUUAAGCUUUUAUUUUCUAAAGGAUAUGAUAUCCCCAAUCAGGCUUUCUGCCAGAACCCCCCAUCCUGAGUCAGGCCACCGAUCUUAUCGGAGGUCGGACUCUGGAUGGGCGUGUUCGAAACCCAAGUGGUGUAUGAGCACGUUAAAGUAGUUAUCUAUCUGCCAGAAACUGUUUAGGGAACUUAAUAAAAACAAAACAGAUCAUAACUACACCUACUAUAGUCUGCCCUAUCCUACAAGAAAGAAAGAAACAAAGAUUUUGUAACUAAUUUCAUUUUUGUUUGAGGUAUGAAGAAAAGUAAAAAUGUGUUGGAAAUAAAAAUAAAUAAAAAUUACAAUUUUUUGUGUGCAAUUUAGAAAACUUGUAGUAAAUUCCUUAGAAUGAAAAAAAGGCAUUGCCAGUGGGAAGGACUAAAGGUGGUGAUGUGUUGGAAAUUAGACACAACAUUUUAUAUACUUUGACAAAUUUUAAACAGCAUGUCUAUUACUAUAAUCUUUCUAAAAAAUAUAUAAAAACUUAUCCAUUAAUUUCCAAGAUUUUUAGUGUAUGUAAUUUUAUCCUUCAUUCCUUCUCGCAGAAACACUGCGAAUUAUUAAUGAGUGACUUGUCUGUUUUUAUCACAAAACCAAGAAUACACUUAUUAUUAGCAUUACUGUACUGUAAUUGUUAUAAGCAUAUAUUUCAUUAUCUUCAUUUGAAUGAAUGAAUGAAUGAAUGAAUGAAUGGAAGCAAAUGAAUACAGAUUUAACGACACCCGGUUACUGGGUGUCGAACAAAGAUAUCAUUAUUUGCAAAAGAAAUGAAAACGUUUA